AUGCCCUCACGUAUUGGCCCAGUGCUAGGACGCAGUUCUUACAUUGAUGACAUUGCUCAUGGUGCGAAAACAUGGGAUCAGCUUUGUGAGGAUCUGGAUACUUUGCUCUAUCGCUUACGUUACUGGCAUUUAUCGGUGCGUUUACCAAAGAGCGAGUUUGGAAAACGAUCGAUCCCGUAUUUGUCACAUGAAAAUAGUGCAGAAGGUAUCCGAGCGACCCCAAAAGUUGUGAAGGGUGUUAUGGAUCUACCGUUUCCCAAAUCUCACAAAGGUGUGCUAUCGUUUCUUGGAAGUCUGAACUACUACCAUAAGUUCAUUGAAGAAUUGUGGUGGCAGCAGUCCUCUAAUAACUUUCAGAAGACAAGAUACGUCAGGGACGAGACCUCUCUCGAGCUCAUGAAUCAUUCGUACUGCUCAAAAGGAAAAUCGUUGCGACGUCAAUGUUAA